AUGCAGAACCUCUCAGAGGGUUUACUCAAAGCAGUAAGAAAAGCAGCUGAGACUGCUGAACUGGAAUCAAAGCUUCAUACACAUAUGAGGAUUCUAAACAAGAUUGAGGUCUUGUAUCAAGCAUUCACUAUGAAGAGCUUCGCUGAUGCAAUCAUCAUCAUCAAUAAGAAUAGAGAAAACCAGAUCUUAGGCCUGCAGCAGAAGAUCAAAUGUUUAUACAGACAGAUGACUAUACUGAAUCUGAAGAUCUCAUCACAAUCAUUCAUGAUCUCUUCAGAAGCAUACACAUUAUCAGAGACUGCUGUGCAGAAUGAGAAUUCAAGCAUGAAAUAUAUCAAGUCAGGAGAUCUGCUGGAGUCAUCAAGCUUCAAUGAUGACUGA